AUGGAUGUAGUCAAAAAAUUCCCCGAGAUCCCGAUUUGUCAUCGGUCGUUACGACAGUCAAAGACCAGGAGUAGGUCAACAAGUCCGAACUCAUUCAAGAAAUUCUUUCAGGACCGGUUCAGCGGUGUUCGCAAAGCGCCCCCGAGACCAUUACAGUAUGAUACGGACACAGAGAGAUAUCAUUCUCAAAGUAACUUGGGAACAAAGGACUUGGAGACGAUUAUCGCUGCUUACGAUGAAGAUUUGCCAGCCGGUGAUGGGGUCGGUAAUCUUUCCUGGGACAAUGUUUUUGAGCAAAUGGCUGUGGCCAAGCAACAGCACGACAAGAAAAGAGGGAUCAGCUCUAAGGUAGCUGACAGCGCCGACUUAGUGUCCGGAUAUGUCAAUGCUUUGCCGGAUGAGUACGGCAUUGGAAUACUGAAGGGCGGGCUUGCUCUCAUUUUUGAUGCAACAAAGGCACACGAAGACAACAGAAGUCGAAUACUUGAAACCUUCGAAACAGUCCCGGAAAGCAUUUUGACAAUCAACAUGGCCUUCGACCUACUCAAGCCGGCUUCUGUGGACAAAAGUCUCUGUACCGAAGUCAUCAGCAUGCUUCUCGAAGAUCUUCCAGUUCUUGUCAAGAUCCUCUUAGGCAAUGAGCCAUGGUACCAAAAAGUGGUCGCACAUCUUCUACUCAGAAUUCCUGAGACCUCUACGGUUGACCAAAUCCUGGCGCGGUGGAAGCAGGAAGUUGUACGUCUGGAGAAGCACGUAAAGCGGAUGAAACUAGAGAUACUCUCUCAAUUUGCCGUAGAUCUGAAAGAUCUGAGCGACAAAUGGGAGACUGCAGAGCUAGGAAUCCGGACUCUGUUUGCAAAAAGCCAAGCGAUGCAAAAUGACAUCCUUCAGAGCAUCAAAAACGACCAGAAUGCCUUAUUGGUCGAGGUCCGUUAUACCAACAAUAUCGCUGCGGGUGUAGCUUCAGUAGCAAAGGAUCACCUGGAGGAUAUGAGAAGAGAGAAAAAGGAGGAAUUGGAGAACCUGAGAAGAGUAAAGGAGGAGCAGAUGGAGGCCUUCAGAAGAAAAGAGAGUGAGCUGGAGCAAAAGGAGAGUCAGCUGCAGCAGAAAGAAAGUCAGCUGCAGCAAAAAGAAAGUCAGCUACAACAAGAGCGGCAGUCCAUACAAAACGAGCGAGCGCAUUUCUCUAAAGAUAGGGAGUUCUACCGAGCCGUGCAAAAAAGUAAGCACAGCUAUGCGCAACACGUUUCCCCUCAAGAUAUUAACCGCGCAAAAACAGAAAACGUUCAUCUCAGUGUUGAUAAUGCGACCCUACGCAGCCGCCUAUCCAACAACAGUCUUCGACAAGAACACGCCCAUUCCUUCGGGUCGGUCCAUCUACUUGCUGCUCUUAAGGUACCUGCGGACAGCUCAGUAGGCGAUAUGAAUUUAGUCAUGGAGGAGGCUGAAAGUCUUGAUCCAGCGGGGAGAGGGAAAGCGCAAUGGCUGUUUGAGACCGAUGAUUUCCGCCAAUGGUUUCGCCGAGAUGGUUCAUCUCUACUGCUCGUGGAUGGAUGCUUGGAACCCGAGUUUGUGGAGUUUGUGUCUCCGCUCUCGGCCAUCUGCGGUGGGUUGAUCACGGCUCUUCUCGAAGACGAAGACUCAGCGGUGGUGUUUUUCUUCGCGGGACUUCAUACUGACACACAUGCAUCGGAGGAUAUUAACACAGGACCAGCAGCAAUGAUGAGGAGCCUCAUAGCCCAGCUUCUGAAGAGCCCGAAGUUGCCUCCACCCGACCUAGGCUUCUUGUCCGAGGAAAUGUUGGAGGCCUGCCGUCGCGGAGAAUGCUAUGUCCUCUGCAAAGUUUUUGUCGAGAUCAUUAAGCAGACUCCGUCUCAAAAGACCAUAUUCUGCAUCAUUGAUGGCAUCUCCUGGUAUGAACAUGAUCCUUGGCAACAAGAUGUUUACCAGGUAGCCUCCGUUCUCGAACACUUGGCAAAACGGGAGGAUUUGGGAGAGUCCGGGCCAUUGAAAGUCAUGUUGACCAGUCCAGAUCAGAGCAUGCAAAUUGGAGAUCUAGCAAUGAAGCACAGCGAUAUAUGGGGUUAUGCCUCUCUGGAGGCUGGGGAUAUUCACCCCGAUCUUGGUUGGAUGGAUUCCGAUAUGUUAUCUUAG